GGGGAGCGGCUGCCCCGUCCAUGGCUUGGCCUCCCCCGGGCAGCAGCAGCUCCGGCUCCCGGGGAGGAGGGGCGGGAGCUGCUGCUCCAUGGGGAGGAAGGGCAGCCCCCGAUCCCCCCAGGCGGAGGGGGGAUCCCGGGCCGCCUCCCCCCCCUCCCCGCUCUGGGCCUUACCCGAGGAGCUGCUGCUCCUCAUCUGCUCCUACCUGGACGCGCAGGCCUUGGGCCGCCUGGCCCAGGUCUGCCGCCGCCUGCGCUUCCUCAGCAGCCGCGAUGUCCUCUGGAGGCGCAUAGCCCGCGGCUGCCUCAACUCCGGCUUCACCCAGCUCGGCACCGACCUAGCUCCUGGCAUUCCAGUGAAGGAAAGGGUGAAGGUGUCUCAGAACUGGAGGCAUGGACGCUGCCGGAGGGAGACAGUCCUGAAAUGGAAAUGCAAUUUGAUGCCCUGGAUGGAGCUGGAUGGCGAAUAUCUCUACCUGUCUCAAGCAGAGAACAUCCAGGCCUACCACCUCUGUGCAGGGGGGUCAGGUUUGGAGUGUCACCCUCAAGCCAUCUUCUCUGGCCACCAGGAGGAUGUGUGUCGCUUUGUUCUUGUCAACUCCCACAUUGUCAGUGGAGGGGGAGAUGGAAGUGUUGUCCUUCACAAGAUCCAUGGCUCCUACAGUGUCAAGUUCUCUGCGCAUGAACAGGAGGUGAACUGUGUGGACUUCCAAGGUGGCCUCAUUGUCAGCGGCUCCCGGGACCGAACAGCGAAGGUUUGGUCCCUGUCCGCGGGCAGAGUUGGUCAGUGUCUACAUACAGUGCAGACAGAGGAUCGAGUGUGGUCCAUUGCUAUCAGCCCAUUAUUAAGCUCAUUUGUGACAGGGACAGCCUGCUGUGGACACAUCUCACCUCUGAGAAUCUGGGACCUUGAGAGUGGUCAGCUGUUGACCUGUUUAGGGACCGACUUCCAUCGUGGAGCUGGAGUCCUGGAUGUGUUCUACGAAACGCCCUCCCUUCUCCUUUCCUGUGGGUAUGACACCUACAUCCGCUACUGGGACAUACGGACCAGCACCAGGAAGUGUGUCCAGGAGUGGGAAGAGCCCCAUGACAGUGCCCUGUACUGCAUAAGGAGUGAUAAGAACUAUAUGAUUGCCAGUGGCUCUUCCUACUACGGCGUGGUGCGCCUCUGGGAUAAGCGGCAGACUCGGUGCCUGCAGAGCUUUCACCUGUCUUCACCCACCAGCAGCCCAGUGUACUGUCUCCGUUUCAGUACCACCCACCUGUACGCUGCCCUGGCAUCAGCCCUGCACGUCCUGGACUUCACAGCCUUGUGAAGGACACCACAGCUGCUUCUGGUGACCCCAACUCAGCAGAGCUGACACAUGGCUCAGGGAAUUGCAGGGCAGGAGAGGUGAGAAAGGCCCACAAGGCUUCUGAAAGGACUUUUUUGCCUGCCAGAAAGCCACAAUGAAGAGUGCAGAAAGGGCCAAACUUUCUCAACCUUACCUGCCUGUUAAUGAAAAUAAUAGGCCAAUUGUCCUUUACCCUUUUUAUUUUAUGCAAGUCAGGAAUUGUUUUAUUAAAUGUGUUCCUUUUUUCUUUUCCUUUUUCCUUUGUUGUUUUGUUUUGGUUUUUUUUCCUGUGGAUACAUCAUUUAAGGGGCAAAUUGAGCCAGGAUGCCCCAUCAGCUGUGUGCUGGUCAGUUUGAGAUCAGCCAAGCUCUAAGCAUGUGAAACAAGACUAGGCUGUG